UUUGAGUGUUCUCCUGUUUAGCUUUUUUUUUUUUGUUUGUAAAACAAACAAACAACUCAAUCCAUAUCAUCGUUAUGGCUCGUUCCCAUUCUCGUUCUCAAUCACCGGACAGACAUAGUCGACACCACUCAACGCAUCGUCAUAGAAGCCGACAUGAUUCCUCAGAAAGAAAGAGCAGGAGACGUCACCGAAGUCGUAGUAAAGACGAUGACAGACGAGAUAGGAAAAGAAGACAGCGCGAUCGUUCCGAGUCACCAAAAGAAAAGAGAAAAUCGAAAUCCAGUCGCAGCAGUAGUGGUAAACAUAAAAAAGACAAGAACAGCAAUUACGAUGAGCAUUAUCACGUGGAUGCAGCAGACUUAGAAACCGAUCCCAAUACUCAAAGUGCUAGCAGGCCGACAUUAGAAAGCUUAGGCUACUCCAAUGUGAGUAAUCCUUUCAACGAUGUCAAUUUGGAAUCCAAGUUUGUGUGGGGCAAAAAGAAGCAAAGAGACAAGAAACGACUUGGCUUGUCAGAAAAAGAAAUAGAAGAACGUGAGAAAGCUCGUAAAAGAGAAGCCGAUGAAGAGUUGGCCAAGCUGAAUAAAAGAAGAGCAGAACGAGAGCGUGAGCUGGAAUUGAGAGAGGAAGAGCACGCCCGUAUGCAAAGAGACGCUGAAUUAGCACAAAUGGGAGAUUGGGAAGCAAAGGAGGAAGAGUUUCAUUUGGAACAGGCAAAACAACGAGCUGCCAUACGUAUCCGUGAUGGUCGAGCAAAGCCUAUUGAUAUCUUGGCCAUGAACUUGAGACUGGCCCAUGAGCCUGAUAAAGUGGAAGACGAAGUAGAUUUAGAAAUUGAUUUGGAAGAGCCUUACAAAAUAUUAGAUAACCUGUAUUUGGAUGAUGCUGUUGAGCUUCAUCAAGAUAUCCAGAUGCAUUUAGCGCUAGAAAAAAACCCAAAGACGCUCGAAUUCUGGCGCGCCAUGAUAGUCGUCGCAGAUGACUAUUUAGCCAAACUGCGUGCCAAUCAAGAGCGAAACCAACAAGGGCCCAUGGCGGUGGAAGCCAACAUACACCGUAUUUUGGACGGAAAAUCCGUGGCUCAGCUUUCUGUCCUGCAGAAUCAAAUCCAGCAAAAGCUCGCCUCAAAUGAGCCCAUUGACGUGGAAUAUUGGGAGCAUCUAUUGAAAGAGCUUGUCGUAUAUAAAGCCAAAGCAAGGUUAACAGAAAUGCAUCAAGAAAUACUAGCAAAGAGAUUAGAACAACUGAGAAACAAACAGAGAGAAGAAGCUCAAAAGGUACAGGAAGAAUUGGGACGUGUGUUAUCGAUGCAAUCGGCGGAAGUACAUGGACAAGGUGUAGGUGAGGGUGAAGGUAUAAAAUAUGAACCUGUGGACGAAGACAUGAUGGAAGCCCAAGACGAACGGUUUAUAAAAGAUCAAUCGGUGACUCCUGCAGCUCCUGCAGCAAGUGCUGGUUUAUUAUUAGAAGAAUACGAUCGAUCGAUGAGUCCCGAACCUAUGCAGACAUUAAGUAAUGAAGAUAGUGAGAUGGAAAUUCUUGAUCCAGCCGCAGACUUGAAGGAAUUGAUGGAGAAACGUCGUGUUGUUUUAAAUACGGCUAUUAUUCCUAAACAAAUCAAGCAGGACGAUGACGGCCAAGGUUUACAGGGUGACGGCAAUGAUAAUUCCAUGGCAUCCUCCGCUCUUUUCGAACAGGAAGCGGCCAAGGGCAUCGACGAAGAUGAAGAUCUCUUCAAUCUUGAAGCUGAGCUUGCCAAACAGACAUACAACUGGCAAGAUAAGUAUCGACCACGAAAGCCACGUUAUUUCAAUCGCGUGCAUACAGGUUACGAAUGGAAUAAAUACAACCAGACUCAUUACGACAUGGACAAUCCACCACCAAAGGUUGUGCAAGGUUACAAGUUCAAUAUUUUCUAUCCUGAUUUGAUUAAUCCUUCGAAAGCACCCACCUAUUUCAUCGAGAAAGACCCAGAAUCACCGGAUACAGUGUUGAUUCGUUUCCAUGCGGGUCCACCUUAUGAAGAUAUCGCUUUCCGUAUUGUCAACAGAGAAUGGGAAUAUUCCCAUAAGAAAGGAUUUCGUUGCAGUUUUGAUAGAGGAGUGCUUAGCUUAUGGUUCCAUUUCAAGCGACAAUUUUACAGAAAGUAGUAGCCCGAAUACUGUUCUUAUUCAGGCUCAUUUGACAUUUUAUCCCUAAUAAAAUUCCGGGGUUUAUAUAUUUUGUAUAUUGUCGAAUCGAGAUACAGUUUGUGUACCUUGAACCCUUUCUUUAAACAACAAAAAAAAAAAAAAACUUUUCCUGACAUUUG